AUGUAUGUGAAAUGGUUUGAUACAGUAAUGUUUUACUAUGUGAUUUUAGUGAAUGUCACUUUUUGUCAUUUUCAAAUUUCCCACCAUUCCGCUCCCCCAUACGUCCCGACGCUUGCAGAGAACGGAAGCCGGAAGACAGAUACCGGCAUCCGCCUGAGGACAUUGCCUGGGACACUGCAGGAGGGACAUCGUGGGAGCGCAGGACAAGGUAAGUGAUCGAGGGAUCCUGGAGCAGCGCCGUAUGCUAAGCCCGAGUGUAGCUCAGGGUUACCGCUUGUGCUACACUCGGGAAUACCACCAGGGAGGUUA